AUGGAGGAUGAGAGCAUUGGAGACCAGCUGGAUGAGGCGUCAGGUUGGCUUGAAGACGGUGCAAGCAUCCAAAGCUUGCCUUGUCUUCAGGCUGACAUUGCAAGUUGGGGGGCGAGCGAGACUGGGGCUCUCUGUGAGGUUCUGUACCAGUGCAAGGAAGCAGAACGGCGACUGAGUCUCUCAGAGGAGAGCGUGAUCACUGAGAGGAGCCGAAUCGGUUCCAUAGCAAUUGCCGACAGUCUAGAAAGAGCACGUUCUAUUCCAUCUCAACCAAAAGGGGCCAUUUUUGGUCACAGCGCCCAGCCACAAAUGGGCUCUCCACCAGGCAUCAAGGGUUUGGAGACUGAGAGAAGGCACUCAGGCGGGUCUCAAGCAUUCUCACAACCUAGACGAACGCCAGAUGCUUCCAGCGCAGCCGCUUCUUUACAGCAGCGCCUGUCCGCAGGACAUCCAAAUGUUUCACGGCCCUCACAGCAAGGGGGGGCUGCAGUAGGUUCGGAUCAGAUGCAAGGGGGGGUGGAAAAACGCCGUUCCAGCUCCGAGGCAGUCCUCAGAGUGCUGCGACAGUGUCAGGAGCUAGAAGAGGACCUUGCAGCUAGGAACUGGACGCAAGGGGGGGGCGAGAGUGGCCGUUCACAAACGGGGGUGUCAGAGGGGGAGUUUGAAAGAAACAGGGGGGGCAGGAUGAGUGGAGGAGGUGGGGGGGGCCGGGGUGGCAUUGCAACUUUCCAGAGGGCGGGGCAGGACGAGAGCGAAUGGAAUGCUGGUGAACCGCCGGGGUCUAGGCCUCAUUCCGAGCGCUCCUUCUUCAUGCGCGAACGGCACUCCAAGCACACGUUGUCAUCAAUGGGACCGAGCGACUCCCACCCCCAGUCGUUGUCUGCAAUACGGGAGACUAGUGAAGACGUACAAAACAGUGUCCGACAUUCGGACAGCCGCUUCAGAAAUCAGAGCGAAAGUGUGCAUCCGCGGACGUCCGGCAAUGACGGGGCUGCGGAGAGAGACGGCCGCAGACAGCCGAGCUGGUUCGAAGAGGAGUCAGGAGGCCCAAGAAGGGCGUCCGAAAGAGCGUCCGCAGGGCCCGAAAGAACGUCCGCAAAACGAGGAAUAACGUCCGCAAGUAACUCGGUUGUAGAGGAUGCAAAGCCGAGCUGGCUCGAAGAAGAGGAAGGGAUGUCAGAGGCGCCGGAAAGGGCGUCCGAAAGAGCGUCCGCAGGGGCAGAAAGAACGUCAGAGCGGAUCAUAGCUACGGAGGAGAAAGAGCACAGGCAGUUGAGCUGGCUCGAGGGCAGAGAAGCGGCGUCCGAAGGGCAGGGGAGGCCGUCCAAAGGAGCGUCCGCAGGCUCGGGAAGAGCGUCCGCAGGGUCAGAAAGAUUGUCCUCAAGGAAGUCGGUCUCCGAGGAGAAAGAGCACCGGGAGCUGAGCUGGCUGGAUGACGAAGAAGGGGCGGUUGAAGGGCAGAGGAGGCCGUCCGAACGAGCGUCCGAAAGAGCGUCUAAACUAGUGUCCGGACGGGCGCCCAAAAGAAGUUCCCAUGUAGAGACAGAGCACAGGAGGCAGAGCUGGCUGGGGGAGGAAGACUGGGCGCCCGGAACGGCUUCUCUAGCGUCCGAAAAGGCGUCCGAAAAAGCGUCCGCAAGAGUGUCUGGAAAGUCGUCCGGAAGGAAGUCCGAGGAAGAAACAGAGCACAGGAGGCAGAGCUGGCUGGCGGAGGCAGGCUGGGCGCCCGGAGCGGCUUCCCGAGCGUCCGAAAUAGCGUCCGUAGAAGCGACGAACGAAGCGUCCGCUAGAGCGUCUGCUGGGGACUGUUUCAGAAGCCGGUCAGGAUCUCGAAACACCGUGGAGCGACUCCGGUUUGCUGGCGCUGAAAGUGGGGAAGAACUACCAGAUCAACCUCGAUCCAAGAAGCAGCAGUCAACCGAUGCUCGAUCAACGAGAGUUCACGAAAACCGGACAUCUCAGGGCGCCAACACAAGUGGUCGGACGUCUGCGAAAAGCGCAGAGCGGCAGAGUGGGAAUGAGCACCUCGAAGAAGAGCCGGGGGGGAGACAGGGGGGUGGCGCGCGCGCGUUUGAAGACGGAGUCGAAGUGUUGCGGCUUGUGGAAGGGGAGCCUUCGUGGACGAGCGCGGAGCCUUCCGGGUUUCUCGGGCGGGGGGAGGUGGAGCGGCCGAGCGGAAGCUCUAGAGGUGCGUCUGGUGGGGUAACGGCAAAUGUGCCCGAGGACUUUGGCGAGGUCGCCAAUAAGAGGGGGGUAGAGGAACCGGUAACGGAGAAGCGAGACAGGCCGGAACGCGGACCGGAACCCGAUGCAGGGGAAACGGAAGACCGGAAGAGCAGUUUUGGGGGGUCGACAAUAAGGGCAUUUUUUGAUGAGGACACGUGGCACGACCGCACUGGUCCUCCUAGCGUGCGCGAGUCUGGGGGCAGAUCCGCAGCUAACAGCCGACCGGCGUCCCGACUUUCUGAAGCUGGAUCGUUCCAAUCCGCUCGGGCGUCCGAACGGAACGAAACGGAAACCGGAUUGGCUGUGCCGAGAGCGUCUCGAAAUACAGUCAGCGCAGCACGUGAGUCUGCGAGUCGCACCUUCGAGUUCCCGACGAGGGGAUCAUUUUCAAAGAACCCUGGAGCGAAAGGGUCACGGUCGCGGUUCGCUUCGGCGGAGAGAGGGGCGGAACGGAACGUUGCAGCGGAAAGGCCGGCGAGCAUGCGGACGAGUCUGAGCGGGCGGAAUGGUCCCAACGGAAGAGAUAGCCCUGUGAACGUUCCGGAAGGAAAAAUUCUCGAUGGAAGGAACAGUACGGGUGGGCGUAACAAUCUGGAAGGAAGGAGCAGUACGGGUGGACGGAACAGCAUGGGCGGAAAAGCGAGUGCGGACGGACGGAAAUCUUUGGAGGGGCGGAACGAUCAGAACGGACGGAACAGUCCUGACGGACGGGACGAUUUGGAUGGAGGGGAAAACCUGGACGGCUGGAAGUACCCGGUGGAACAGGAAGUGCGGGGCAGCCUGAGCGGACAGACCGCUUCGGAGAGGCGGAACGAGCGGAACGGAUCGCGUGCUGCAACAAAUUCGUACUCCGAGAAGCGGGCUACGAGCGCAGGUGUGCCUGCACCUGCCACGAGAGAGCGCCACGUGGCAGGGCGAGCGCCGCCAGACCGUGCGCGAGCGAGCGGCGUGCAGUCUGGAAAGGGGGCAGACUUUGAUUGCUCGAAUAACGACCACCCAGGACAGAGGGCUUCGGAAGACGUUCCCCAAAACAGCGCGCGAGUGCAGGUUUCGGAGAGAGGGCAAAGCAGAUCGGGGCAGAGAGUCGAGAUGCAAAAUACGGAUGGAGAGAAGUGGGCAGAUAAGCGAGUGACGGGAGUACCGCAGAGAAGCACAGUGCGGGUAAACAUGGGCGAGAAAUAUCAGAAAGGCGCCCACGUGAUUCGAAUCAACGGCUGGGAAGCAACAGCGGAUCGCGAAAACCGUUCCCGAAACGCACCGAGCGAUUGUUACUUUCACAAGGAGCGCAUUGAGGGCCGUUCUCAAGAUGAAGAGAGGGACUUCGACGAAAUGUCGUCGGAGGAUGGCCGUUCCGAGUACGACACUGGCAGCUGGCGAGCUCCGAUUGGUCGGGAAGGUGUUCAUGGGGAGCAAUCGGGGUGGGGUUCCGCGACACGUGGCUUGGUGCGUACCGCUCGGUUGAAGCACCCGGGGGCCGAGAUAACGGAGAAACAGCGGUACGAAAAGGAAAUGGAGGCGCUGAGCGAACUGGUCAGAGAGUAUGAAGCGAACGCGGUUCAGAAGCACAGACGCGGUAUAGGGUCGGGCGCGAGGAGGGGCCAGUUCUUACUGGAGCCGGACACCGGUUCUACUUUGCUGGGCACUCCGGUCUCGGAGCUCUCCCUCGACCUGCCCACUCCGCCGGAGCUCCGGAAGAAGCGGGAAGCUCUAGGUGGGCUCCCUGGAAAGCAGACCGGGGGCCAGCCCGGGAAGGGCGCGGGAAGUUUAAAGAAGUCUCUUGCGCAAACGCGGCAAGCGGCGAAAGAGGCGAUAAAAUCGGUGCGCGCGGUCUACUGCGCGAGCGGCUGCGCGACGCAGCAGGUGCGCGAGGGAGAGCGCGUGUGGAAGCAGCAGCUGGCGCUCGCGCGCACCUCCGAGCGCGAGCUCAAAGCGCGCGCGCAGCGCGCCGAGGUCCAGGCAACAAGGCUGGGGGGCCUGCUGGACUGGCGAGUGCGCGAGGUCGCGCACCUGAAAGCCGCGCUGGCGGAGCGCACCGCGCGGCUCGACCAGGCGGAGCUGCGGCUGGACGAACUAGAGCGGGGGAACGCUGCCGCGGGCGAGGGGAUGCGGGAGGCCCUGAAGGUCGCCAAGAAGGAGCGGGACCACAUACUGUACCUGCUUCGGAAAGCGCUGAAGCAGCUCAAGUCAGCGGACCAUCAGCUGCAUUCCGGCCAACGGCCGCCGCGGUGCCUACCGGAACGGUUCCGAACGGAACCGGCAGAUCUGGGCGCCAGCGAAGGGGAUAGCGACUCCUACGCCGCUACGACGACGCCCGGAUCGGAGGCCACGUCACCAACAUGUGAUGAAGUCACGCUGACGCCGUCCGCGUACCGUGGAGCAAAGCGGGCCUACGAGCCUGUCGUUCUCGACGACUGGGCAGCGAAAAUGGCCGAGCUCCAGCGGUCCCUCGACAAGCAGCGGUCGAUCCUCUCGGACAACCGCCGCUGGUCGUGACGUCACGCGUGGCGUCAGCAUCGCUCCACUCGGGCCGCCCACAGCCCGCCUCGCAGUCAGCAUGAAAAUCAAAUGCAGGCAGCAAACAUGCAUAAAUGGUAUACGGUAUAUAGUAUAUGGUAUAAUAGGUAGACUUUCGGAUAAGAGAUCGAACUCUGGGGACACAGGGACGAUGAUCAUAGCGGGCAAAGGCGUUACGCUUCUACAGUAGCACUACCGAAGAAAAGACAGUCACGGCGGUACGUUCGAAAGAUGCACAUGAUGCUGGCGGCAAGACAGUCAUAGAGGAUCUGCGUUAGGCACAAAUUAAGGUGCACGGACAUGGAUACGGAUCAAUGCGUAGCAUAUAUAACAGGCGACUUCUUUAAAUAGACACUGUGGCACGGUUCUAAUUGUAGCGUGGCGGCCGGGCAGAACUUCCAACGACCUUGUACGUCUGAUAGGUGGAUGCUUUUUCGUUAAGGAAGGACUCGACAAUACAGGGUGAUCGACCGCGGACGCAGCAUUGUUGCGAGCGACUUAUACAUGGGUGGUUAAUGUGCAGAGACUUCUGAUUGUCG